AUGGCGGAGCGACUGGAGCAGCGCUACUGCAUCAAAUUUUGCCAGAAACUGGGCGACGGCCAAGUGGAAACCAUUCGGAAGAUUCCGAUGGCUUUCGGGAACGAUGCUAUGAGCAGCACACAGAUUAAGAAGUGGUACAACUGGUAUAAAGACGGCCGCACAUCGGUGGGGAGCGAAUCACGCCCACAAGAAGGUCGGCCAUCAACAUGCCAAAAGGACCAGGUCAUUGCCGAAUUGAACGCUGUGGUGAUACGGGACCGUCGUGUGACUAUCCGUGAAAUUGCGGAAGAGGUGGGCAUCAGCACUUUUUCUGCGCAUUCUAUUAUGACCGGAGAUUUGGCUAUGAAGCGAGUUGCGGCGAAAUUCGUGCCAAAGCUGCUCACGGUGGAGCAAAAGCAACUUCGUGUUGAAGUCUCACAAGACCUGCUGGAUUCCACAUACAGUAACCCCGGCUUCAUGAACACCAUAAUCACUGGUGACGAGCCUUGGGCGCACGGGUACGACCCGGAAACCAAAUCCCAGUCGUCACAGUAA